AUGAGCAGCUGGCCCAAUGAGCCUGGAGGUAAUGCUCACUACAAAGUUGCCAUUCCUCGGAUAUCGCGCAAACCUCCACUGGCGAAACGUCAACGCGUAGCUCGGGCUUGUGAUGCCUGUCGCCAAAUCAAACUGAGGUGCAAUGGGCAACGCCCAGCAUGUGAAUAUUGUAGCGCCAUCGGGAGUCCUUGCCUCUAUUCGGCCUCGAAACGUGAAGCGCGACAGAUAGACCUCCAACGCCUGGAGGAAAGGGUUCAAGACUACGAAUCCGUGCUGGGUGAUGUCCUCUUGCAUUGUCCCCAAAAGAAUCUCAAGCCCAUUCUGAAACUGAUAUCCGAACGGCAUCCGGAAUUUCUCGCGGCCUUACGACAGUCAGCACGUUUGCCUCAAAGUUCUCCUAGCCUGAAAUUCAACCUCAAUCUAGAACGAAUGCACAUUACCUAUCGGGAUAAUCGUUUCGGAGAAGGCCUUUCUCUCCAGCGCCAGCCUCUAAUUCAGACGAAGUCCAUACGGCACUGGACCUCACUUGUUGAGGACGAUGUGGCGAGUCAUUUGCUAUCAUUCUACUUCACCUGGGAGAACCCGACUUGGCAUUUGAUCGAUCAAGAGCUUUUUAUCCAUGAUCUAGAAACGCGUGCUACAAGAUUUUGUUCGCCACUUCUGGUCCACAUUCUUCUUUUGUUUGGCUGUAGCUUCUCAUAUGGACUCCAUUCAUUUACAGAUAGACGGCAAGAAAAGGCACUCGGACAAAAGCUCUAUGAUGAGAUUCUUCGACUUUGGGCUCGGGAGAAGGAAACAAUUGAUAUCCCGACGCUACAAUCUGGUAUCCUGCUUGGCUUACUAUGUUGUACUUUUGGAACCGAUCGAUUGGGUACUGAACUCAUCAUGAGAGGGGCGGCCAUGUACUACCAGACUGAUUUACACAAAGAUGGCGCCCCUUAUUUUCAAUGCGUUGAUGAUGAUCUGAGACGCAGUAUGGCAAGAGCCCAGAAAUUGAUAUCAUGGGGUGUUUUCGAUGUUCAAUCUCUGGCUUCCCAGGUAUACAAGAAAUAUAGCGAAUGGCCUCAGCCGCCAUCAAUAGUCUUCUCUCCCGAAGAAGCAGCGUCCCUUGAUGAGAGUCAUAUGUGGAGCCCCUACCCUUUUCAGACUCCAAUAUUCGCGUCAAAUACAUAUAAUAUUGCUCGGUUUCGCGGCAAGCUAGCAGAUCUGGUUAAUGAAACUGCGGCUCUCUCGCUCAAGUUGCGCGAUUCCACUCCAACUGAAGACAGCUGGACUCGAGGAUGUGAGAUAUACUGGAAGCUCUUACAAUGGGAUCAAGAGCUACCACCUGAAAUUCUGCAAGGACGAAAUAGCACCCCGCACAAUCUGUGCUUACGAAUGUACUACCAUUGUACAGUGAUAAACCUGUGUGAUGUGUUCGAGGAGUAUUCACUCAAACAGCCACAAGGAGAGCCCGCCUUCGAGGCUGCGGAAAUCAAGUCCAGCGCUGUAGAGGCACUGGGGUCGCUCAUCCUUUACUACAAACAUUUUCACGGAUGGAAAUCCGUCCCGAUCGUCAUGCUGCACUACCUCUGUGUCGCAGGAAUCCACGCAAUCGCUCGGUUAAGUCCGAGCGAAAUGAAGUGGAUGAAAGUUCUUGAAAGCAGUGUUUUAGGCCUCUGGAACAUGGCCAUCGGAUGGGGACGAUUGGGCAAAGCUUUUCUCAAGAUCAUUGGGUUCCUACUGAGGGCUAGAAAGGUCAAUAAUGAUCAUAUCACGCCCAAGACAGCUGCAAUCAUGGAUCAACUCGAUGGUGCAUACUGGACUGCGACUGACGCGGCGUCAUUGGCAGCGGAUUACGUGGUCCACUCUGUUCCAUCGGAUUUGACGUCGACUGCUUCUGAUCCAGGCCUGAAAGUCAUUGCACGGUCCACCGUGGAAGACCUUAUUAAAGCAGCAGAAAAACUUACUCUGUAG